UUACAUACAUUUGAUAACUUUUCUAUCAUGAACAAACGAGUCAAAGCUACUGCCAGUACGGGUAGGGGUUGUUUGUAAAAGUAACGUUAGGUAGCUGUUUUUUCGUUUGUUUUUUUACAGUCUAUGCUAUUAACCCUGGCUAACGUUAGCUGGAGUAGCUCAAAUUCUUACUAGUAACUUACUAGUAUAGCUAACUACAUUCAUUUCAUGUUCAUAUCAUGUUGGCUUUCUUUCUAAAUGGAGCUUGCUAGUUAGCUAUUGCUGCUAAAUAUAGUAAAGCCAAAGACUAUAACUCUCAUCUGUGUGUUAUAGCCUUGAUAUUGUAGUCAAAUAUGUUUUUUUUUUAAUGCAACUACAGCCUAACAUUUUUUUGUUCUCUCUUCUUUCCAUAGGCCCCCCUCUUCCUCUCUCCUCUUUGCGACUCUUGGUUUCUCCCCUGCGGCUGAUGUAUUCAUUUGUAUGGCAUGUGGUGAAUCAACGAAAUGUGAUGCACUAUGGGAAGGUCGAGGAGUUUGUAACUGUGGUGACUGAAGCGGUUCCAAAGUUGCUGAGUUACAAACAGAGGGCUCAACUCAUCCUGGGCUUGAGAGCAAGGGUGAGUGGCAUGUUGUGUGGUCAUGGGAGGGGUCAGUGGCGGCUCCUGAAGAAAUUCUCAGGGGGGGCAAUUUUUCUGAUGAUUUAGGUGACCUACACACAUUUUAAAAAAGAUAUGUCCAGCAACAGAAGACAGGGGCAGCAUAUAAGUCAAUACCAGAAGCAUUUAUUGACUGAUCUCAAAAGUGUUGGCUUACCAGGGUUGGUGGAGCCCUCAGUUUCAUCUUUGCCUCGCAAAGCUAACUCAAACACUCCGCAAAACUUCACACACUGGAUUAGCCGGCUGAGGAUGUGGCGGUUCUUGCUAAUGUCGUAGUAAAUAUAUUUGUUAUAGUGAAUAUGGAAUAUGAUAUGUUGAGUAAAAUGUUGUGCUAAGAUCUAUUUAGGUCAGGAGCUGGUUAUAAGUUCUGUUCCUAUCCAAUAACAAUGGACAAAAGGGUCCUAUCUUGUCAGCCUUGUCAGCAGGUGGCCAAGGACAACACCCACGCCAUAGGCCUCUCAGUUCUUCCAACUCACGAGUUCUUGCUCUGAGGACACACACACACACACACACACACAAACACACACACACACACAUCAUCACUGUUAAACACACACACACACACACACACACACACACACACACACACACACAUCAUCACUGUUAAACACACACACACACACACACACACAAAAAUCCCCUCUCUUAGGCUGAACAUUUGAAGACAGAGAACCCGACUCAGAGCCAAUGCAACAGUGACAGUAGCCUGGAGGGGACCUCGCCCAACUCAUCAGGACCAAUCAGAAGAUCAGAACUACUAGAUUCAACCUACUUCAUUUAUUGCAUAAAAUGUCUGCACACAAUGUUUCGGGGCUCUCUUCAGAUAAUAAUAAUAAUAAUAAUAAUAAUAAUAAUAUGCCAUUUAGCAGACGCUUUUAUCCAAAGCGACUUACAGUCAUGCGUGCAUACAUUUUUGUGUAUGGGUGGUCCCGGGGAUCGAACCCACUACCUUGGCGUUACAAGCGCCAUGCUCUACCAGCUGAGCUACAGAAAGUGGAUACUCAUGGAUGCGCAUCGCAAUUGUAAAAUGUCAACACAAUUGGAGACACCACGUCAUUUUUGGAGACAUGUUAUUGACAGUAAACUAUUGUAGAUGCGACUGCUAACUAAAUAAAACAUUUUAGCUGGCUAGCUAAUCAUCUUAGCUAAAUGUGGGGCAAACAAUUCAGUUAUUUACCGUUAAUUUGAGGGAUUGGGGUGAAAGAAAUCGAGUUACAUAGUGAUACUUUACGAUAUACUGUAUUGACAAUAUCGCAAUAUUUUAGCGCUAGUUGGCUGUACCUGCACCAAAACACCAUUAUUGUUCCUUCAUAGCUUGUUCUCAAUCUUUUCACAUUGGGAGCCAAUUUGUUUUCAGCACUUUUAUUUCCAUGACUGAUGAAAACUCGUUCUCAUGGCUUUCUGAUCCCUCUGCAACAGACAUAUGGUGCGCAAUAAAAUCACAGUAUCGAAUCGCAAUACGUAUAGAAUCAUGAGACUCGCAAUGCUGAUGCAUAUAUCUUAUCGUGAGGUUCCUGGCAAUUCCCAGCCCAAGUUCAUUUGCCACAACAAAUCUCUUCGCUAGCAAACGCGAUGUCUUCUCCAAAAUGGCAAUGUGUCUCCAGCAAUGUUUACUUUUUUGACGUUCUAUGGCAUCUCCACUUUCCAAGCAUAUAUGACCACAUGUAAUAUUUUGGUAAGUGAUGCAAAUAGUGAACUAUGUAGGGCCAGGAUGUAAAAUAUAUGUAGCUGCAGCAAUUUCUCUUAUCUGAUAUGGUAAGUAAUGGGGCUUAAUUUAUAGCUCCCUAAGAGUUUGACGAACGGGUCCGUGCACGCGAUUCCAGAUAUCUUUACCUCUGAAUAAACUGCCUUUAUUAUACCAUAUCCACCCUGUCCAAAGUCUCUACUUGGUCUCAGUUCUCCAGUAAACUUGUGAUUAUCAACACUAACCUCAUCGUUGUGGCGGCGGACAGCUAGCCUGUAUCCCUCAUCAAGUUGAGUGGCAAUGUUAUUUUUCCGUUCGUACCAAUUUUUGGAAAAUCCUCGGGUGUAGGACUUUCCGCCUUUAGUAGAAACCUGUUGAAUUAUUAAAUUUGGUCUGGGAGGUCCUAAUUGUUUCGUUGCCAAUUUAUCUUCAUUUGUUCGCCGACAAAAAGGAACUUAUUUCAAAGACACAAUCCGCUCUUUUCUCAGUUACGUUCAUGGUUACGUUACGUUACGUAUGACGAAAGCGCGUAAGUGCAAGCCCUCAGACACCCAUAGAGAUUGUAUUGAAGGCUCUGAAAUUUGAAAAAAAUAGAUUUUACAUUAGAGGCUAUGAGAGACUAAUGGGCGAUUUUCAACCUGACUGAAAUCGCCCCAAAAGGGGGGGGAGCCAUUUGAAGCACGACUUUAGCCUGAUUCGACAUUUAGUGGCAGUGUGGCACUGUGGCAGAUCAGACGUAUAGAUUACAACACUGAUAACUACUGUUGCCGUGAUAUAAUUGAUUAGAAAAAAAAUCCCUUCCUUUUCCCGUUUGGCAGUGCGUCGCCCAUAUCGCCCCAUUGAAUGUAAAUGUAGUUGAUUAUGCUUUGAUUGACACAUUUGUGUCAAUGCCAGUAGAAACUAGAUGUGUGUAAGGUAGGCGGGGAAGAUGCAAGUUUACUCAAUAUCUCCGUGAUUCCCCUUAUUUAGAUGAUCUUGGAGAUGUUCCGCAAGGAUUGUCCACCUAACCCUCAGGCCAUCCAACGUCUCCUGGGAAAGAUGAACAUCAGUGCGUCCACGGGGGUAAGAAUAUUUUUCUCUCCUGCAUACAUUCAAAGGGUGUAACAGCUACUCAUUUUAAUUGCUUAAUUCAGAUAACCAGAUAAGUUAUACUUGUAUCAAAUUAUUCACAUUCUGUGUUACAGCAGCAAGAUGCGGAAGUGGAGGAGUCGCAGGCUAACUUUGUGGCGCUGGUCCAAACCCUUCUGAAAAACCCUUAUGAGAGGAAGCACUUCUUUCAGGUUUGACAUACUUUCUCUCUCUCCCUUUCGUCUGAUUUGCUUUUAGUGGCUCGUCAUUCAGGUAGCUUUCCUCUCAUAGACACUGUCACUCUUUCCUUCCCUGUAGGAGGAGUUCCAUGCACAGUAUGGUUCCAAGUAUGACACAGCACUGCAGGCCCUUGUAGGAGGCUUGGUCUUCAGACUGGAACAACUGCUAUCUGUGCCAGAUCUCUCCCAGGUAAUGAACUGGUACAUGACAAGUCUAUAACUAGCAGUUCACUGAUCAUACCUAGUUUUGUCAUUAUUAGAUAACAAUUUAUGUCAGCACAUGCCAUAUUAUUGUCUUUACCUCAGACGCUAAGCCACCUCCCUUUUGCUGAUCUUAGGUUCUUCCUCUCAUUCUCAGAUAGCAUCUAUGAUCAGUGCUGCCCCCUCUGACCUGGAGGAGUGUGGACAGUCUGUGUCUGACCCUGAGCACCUGAAGAUCCUCCUCCAGCACCAGAACCUGCUAAAUAAAACCCAGUUCAACAAAAAUGGUAGGCUUGAAAACAGUCCAUAGGAAGCUUUGGAGUCUCUACUUUAAUCAUUAUAUGUUAUCCUCCCUGUGUAUUUACAAUAGAUUUAUAAACGGCUAAACAAAGAACAUUACAAGUUUUAUUUUUGACAUCUAUAAUUAAAGGUACAAUGUGUAGAAAUCGCUCAGCCAUUACCUGGUUGGUAAAAUUCUAUAGUGUUCGCCUAGUUUCAGUUAGUGACAUAACAUGCAGUUUAGAGAAUUGCUGUACAAUAUAAACCGCUGUGAAAUAUAUUUUCAAUAAUCAUAAAUAUCAUAUUUUUAGCUGUAUGAAUUUAGUUUACAAAACCUUCAAUAAAAAAAGGCAAAAGCUAAACUUAAGGACGGAAUGCAUAGAAAUAGCACGCAUAGAACCAAUAUGCCACUUGUCAGACUUGCUUACAAUGCGAAAGACAGAUCUAUAACUCACAUUUGGUCAGGUCGCGCACAAAGCUGCAUACGGGACCUUUCAGUUCAUUACGAACCAUUUUAUGAUUUUUUUAAACAGGAAUGUAAAUAAAAAGCCUAGUCUUUUUCAUUCGCAGAAUAUUCUUAAAUGUAAUGUACUUAAAUGUUUUAUAUAUUUUAUUUUUUCUCAGUACCUGUCACGUCUUCUGUGGGUGACUGUGUGCUGUCUUCGCUGUCCUUCCGCCUCGCCUGUGGAAUGCCAUCAAUGGAGCCAGAUUUUGACGAGCCACCAGAAUCAUUAGAAGCUGCUCUAAGCGCCAUGAACCCUGCCUCCUUCAGUGACUUGGAGGAUCUGGGAUUGAUGUCAGAUGACUCGCCCCAUGCUGGAGAAGAUAGUACUGUGGAGAGAGAAGAGGAUGCCAGGGGUAACGGAGGUGGGGCGAGAACUGCAGUACGUGACAGUGAAGAAGAGACUGCACUGCCAGAGAGCGCUGUGGUCUUCUCUAGUCCUCAAGGUGUUAGCGGACUGGUGGGAGGGGCACCAUCAAAAGGGGCACCAACAGUAAGGAGUAUGCUGCCAACAGAGAAACACCAACAGCUUGUAUCACUGAUGAGUAGUUCCUUCACCAAAGCCUCUCCUUCACAGAUAGUCAAAUUAGUCAUCCCUGCCACGGUCACCAAUGGGAACCAACCGGGUAACCCACAGGUCGAAGUAGCGAGUUUCCACCAGUGGGUUUCCCACAUUGUAAGUAACUCUGUCUCACUCCCUUCCUUGCCACCCCUUCCACAAAACAAUGAUGUAGACAAGGAGAUCCGGUCAGGUGACACAUGUCUUGGAAGCAGUGUGGUAAUUGGGGGUCAGGAAACAGAAGCCAAUCUUUUUGAGAAGGCUGUUAUCCGAAGGAGACGGGCGCCCAAACCACAAAGAAUAACGCUACCCUCGAAAAGGAAAAUCCCUGAGGCAACCAUCAUUUGUCAGGAGUGUGGGAAGAGUUUUGUUUAUCCGUCUCAGCUGGAAAAUCACCUCCGCAUUCACACAGGAGAGAAACCUUUUAAGUGCACUGAGUGUGGCAGGGCCUUCAGGUCCUUAGGAUACAUGACCAAUCAUAUGAAAAAUCACUCUGAAGCACGGCCAUUUAAGUGUGAUGAGUGUGACAAGUGCUUUCGGAAAAAGGCUGAUCUGAAGAAGCAUCAGCUCAUACACACGGGUGCGAAACCACACAAAUGCACCAUCUGUGGAAAGGGCUUCAGCCAAGCAUUCUAUUGCAGAAUACACAUCCAGUCUCAUGCAAGUGAAAAUAACUUUCCCUGCACUCAUUGUCCGAAGAGAUUCCCAACCCAAUACAAGCUGUCUGUCCACGAGCGCUGGCACACCAUGGAGCGCCCGUUCAUCUGUGAGCAGUGUGGGAUGCGCUUCUUUCAUCCCAGUGGGCUGAAGAGGCACAUGGGCUAUCACAUUGGGAACCGCCCGUUCCUGUGUGCCCAGUGUGGAAAGACUUUUGUUUAUGAGUUUGACCUGAAGAAACACCAAAGGGACCAUGGCCCCAAGCCCAAGAUCCCAUGCCCUGUCUGCCAAAAGGUGUUUGGCAGCAACGGACUCAUUAAGGCCCACAUGUUUACGCACACCUCUGUAAAACCUUACAGAUGUGACAUAUGCGACAAGACCUUUAAACAGAGCAGCAGCUUGAGCAGUCACAAACGGCUGCACACGGGUGAACGCCCUUACCACUGCGACAUGUGUGGGAAGACAUACAAGCUGAAUCAGCACCUGAAGGAGCACAUCAUUAUCCACCACACGGAGGAGGGGCACCCCUGUGACCAGUGUGGAAAGGUCUUCAAGUUACCACGGCUUCUAAAGGCGCAUGAGCGGUUGCACUCAGGAGAGCGAUCUGAGCAGACAAGGAAGUACAGUCACACCAGCCGUCGCAGGAGAAAUUCCUCCAAAAGGAGUUGAUUUUCUGCACAGUGGCUGUCCUCCACACACAAUGACUGGGAUGCUAGUUUUAUUGUUCUGACACAAGUUUAACUUUGUCACAAUGCCAUUAGCUGUAAUCAUGUCCUCAUUUUUAGUUGUAAACUUUACAAUUUUGGACCAUAAUCCAGGAUUCCCUAGGCUGAACUUUGACAAAUGGUAUAAUGUCUGGCUUAAUUCAUGCAGAAACAAACAUAUCUCCUGUUCAAUAACAAUUAAUGAUUGUGUCAUUAAAACAUAUUUGUUCGUGAUGUUUUUUUUGGGGAUAGGUUAUUGAAAUUCCAAUGACUUAAGAUGUAAAUGGAUAGCUACUCACUUAUUUCUCUUUUUGAGAGUAGUCAAUGAUUGCCGGAUGCCUUUACUAAAAAAUAUGCACAACAUUUUAUGUUGGAUAAAGUCAAAUAAAGUCACAAUUGUGUGCCACUAUUCACUUGUUUUGCUAUUUUAGUUUAAAACAUUCACAGCAAGGGAAACCAAAUGUAUGCCAGAAUGGUCCUGUGCGAUGACUUUUUAUAAUACAUUUAAAGUAUUCAUUAAGCCACAAAAUACAGAUUAAUACUCAUCCAAAUAUAUAUACAGAAAAAUUAUCAAAUUCAUGUUUUCACCUAAAAUGUAAUUUCAGGAAACCAGAGCACACCCAUUCAUUUGCGGCUCUUAUUCCAGCACGAUAGGUGGCGGUAAUGAUGCUAUGCUGCCAAUCUUGUUAAUAUUCUGGUCAAAACUCUGUUCUGGUUCCGUUUCCUUCUGUCGUUAUUGCCAUUUUCACACAAAAAUGUGUCAGUGAGUUGAUGAUAGCUAUCUAGUAUGUUAGUUACCUUCACUGUUAGAUUUCUGCAUAGCGUACAUAUUUGUUAACAUUCCGGCAUGGACAAACGAGUCAAGAAGACUACAGCCAGUACGAGUAGGUUACAUUAUGACACUUGCUACCCAUGUAUUAGCAAUCUAACCAAUUUUACAAAUGUGAACCUGGCUACAGAGCCAAGUCACUGCAGUGCGGAGCGCUAGCUAGCUAGCUACAUUAUCUUCAAUGGAUAGCUUAUUGUAAAGCUAAUGUGCAUUUCGGCUUGCCUUCUACAUUAAGUUUGCUAACUAAUUAGCCAUGUUGCUGGAGGUAUAUGUUGCUAAAGGACCUAGAGGAUGAAGCCACAACUUAACAUUUGUUCUAUCGUCUUCCUAUAGGACCCCCACUUCCUCUCUCGUCAUUGCGACUGUUGGUUUCUCCCCUGCGGCUGAUGUAUUCAUUUGUAUGGCAUGUGGUGAAUCAACGCAAUGUGAUGCACUAUGGGAAGGUCGAGGAGUUUGUAACUGUGGUGACUGAAGCUGUUCCAAAGUUGAUGAGUUACAAACAGAGGGCUCAACUCAUCCUGGGCCUGAGAGCAAGGGUGAGUGACAUGAUGUGUGGUCAUGGGAGGGGUGGUUUUGACACAUUGUGUAUUAGAAAAAUCAUAUACAAUUUUGUCCCAUUAUUUUAGAUGAUCUUGGAGUUGUUCCGCAAGGACCCACCCAACCCUCAGGACAUCCAACGUCUCCUGGAAAAGAUGAAUAUGUUGGGGGUAAGAAUAUUUAUCUCUCAAGUGUGGAAAUUCUUCCCCAUACCAACAAACAACUCACACCUGUAACACAACAUAUUCAAGAAUGACUGUCAAUACCAUUAACCCAGAAAAACCAAGGCUGGGGCGACAGCACUUAAGAGGGUAAAAUAUGCGCAGUAGUCUGAUUUGUAAAUAGCCUGUAGCUCUGCAGUGUACAGAUCUGAGGGGACUGGAUAAGUUUAAAUGGCAUACAAGUGUUAACACCUUCCAGUGAGGUUGCGGGAGCCUUCUGCCAUAUGUCUUGCUUUGCUGUCACCCAUCUGAUUCCUUAGAUCUGCAAACUACAAACAUGGUUGUGGUAAGAGAUAAAAGUUGUUUUCAGCCUGGUCUUAUGACUUCUACAACCGUCACCCAUACACUCAAUACCCCUCUUUUUAAUAACGUAAUUCUGAUGACCGAAGUGGCUGUACAUUGUAUCAAAUGAUUCUCAAUCUGUGUUACAGCAGCAAGAUGCAGUUGUGGAGGAGUCGCAGGCUAACUUUGUGGCGCUGGUCCAAACCCUGCUGAAAAACCCUUAUGAGAGGAAGCACUUCUUCCAGGUUCGGCAGGCUUUCUCCAUUUCCUCUCACACUGUCCACUUUGUCAUGUCAUAGACACUUACUUUAACUUUUUAUUUCCUUCCCUGUAGGAGGAGUUCCAUGCACAGUAUGGUUCCAAGUAUGACACAGCACUGCAGGCCCUUGUAGGAGGCUUGGUCCUCAGACUGGAACAACUGCUAUCUGUGCCAGAUCUCUCCCAGGUAAUGAACUGGUACACAACAAGUCUAUAACGAACAAUUCACCAAUCAUAUCUAAUGUUGACAUUGUUAGACAAUUAUAUACGUGUCAACACAUUCCAUAGUAUUGUUUCUGCCACAUGCUCUAAGAAACCCCCUUGUUGCUGAUGUUAGCUUCUAACUCUCCUUCUCAGAUAGCAUCCAUUAUCAGUGCUGCCCCCUCUGACCUGGAGGAGUGUGGACAGUCUGUGUCUGACCCUGAGCACCUGAAGAUCCUCCUCCAGCACCAGAACCUGCAAACUAAGAUUCAGUUUGGUAGGGUUACUUUAAUUAUUAUCUCUUCUCCAUGUUAAUGUUUAGUGGAAUUAUCACAUUGGAAUUAUCAACAGCUAAACAAAGAACAAUGUAGUUUUCCCUUUUUGAGAAACUGCCAUGGUUCUCUAUUGAUAACUUUGAACCAGCUGUAUUUACAGGAAUUUGAAUUAUUUUUUAAGUGGUAUUAAUCUAAACAUCCGCAAUACUAGGCUUUCAAAUUCAACCAUUAAGAAUGUGGUUGAAUAUAAAAUACUCAUAGAUUUUUUUUGUAUUUUUCCCUUUUUCUCAGUACCUGUCACGUCCUCUGUAGGGGACUGUGUGCUGUCCUCGCUGUCCUUCCGCUUAGCCUGUAGAAUGCAGUCCAUGCAGACAGAUUUUGUCCAGCCAGCAGAAUCAUUAGAAGCCGCUCUAAGCAUCAUGAGCCCUGCCUCCUUCAGUGACUUGGAGGAUCUGGGAAUGAUAUCAGAUGAGUCGGACAAUGCUGGAGCAGUAACUACUGUGGAGGGAGAAGAGCAGAAUGCCAGGGAUAACGGAGGUGGGGUGAAAAAUUCUGUGCUCGACAGUGAAGAACACAAUGCACUGCCAAAGAACGACGUAGUCUCACCUACUCCUCAAAGUGUUAGCAGGCCAGUGGGAGGGCCAACAACAGUAGAGAGCAUGCUUCCAACAGAGAGACACAAAGAGCUUGUAACACUGAUGAAUACUUUCAUCACCGAAGCCUCUCCUUCACAUAGUGUCAUCCCUGCCACGGUCACCGAUGGGAACCAACCGGGUAACCCACCGGUCGAAGUAGCGAGUGUCCACCAGUGGGUCUCCCACAUUGUAAGUAACUCUGUCUCACUCCCUUCCUUGCCACCCCUUCCACAAAACAAUGAUGUAGACAAGGAGAUCCGGUCAGGUGACACAUGUCUUGGAAGCAGUGUGGUAAUUGGGGGUAAGGAAACAGAAGCCAAUCUUUUUGAGAAGGCUGUUAUCCGAAGGAGACGGGUGCCCAAACCACAAAGAAUAACGGUACCCUCGAAAAGGAAAAUCCCUGAGGCAUCCAUCAUUUGCCAGGAGUGUGGGAAGAGUUUUGUCUAUCUGUCUCAGCUUGAAAAUCACCUCCGCAUUCACACAGGAGAGAAACCUUUCAAGUGCACUGAGUGUGGCAGGGCCUUCAGGUCCUUAGGAUACAUGACCAAUCAUAUGAAAAAUCACUCUGAAGCACGGCCAUUUAAGUGUGAUGAGUGUGACAAGUGCUUUCGGAAAAAGGCUGAUCUGAAGAAGCAUGAGCCCAUCCACAUGGGUGCGAAACCACACAAAUGCACCAUCUGCGGAAAGGGCUUCACCCAAGCAUUAUAUUGCAGAAUACACAUCCAGUCUCAUGCAAGUGAAAAUAACUUUCCCUGCACUCAUUGUCCAAAGAGAUUCCCAACCCAAUACAAGCUGUCUGUCCACGAGCGCUGGCACACCAUGGAGCGCCCGUUCAUCUGUGAGCAGUGUGGGAUGCGCUUCUUUCAUCCCAGUGGGCUGAAGAGGCACAUGGGCUAUCACAUUGGGAACCGCCCGUUCCUGUGUUCCCAGUGUGGAAAGACUUUUGUUUAUGAGUUUGACCUGAAGAAACACCAAAGGGACCAUGGCCCCAAGCCCAAGAUCCCAUGCCCUGUCUGCCAGAAGGUGUUUGGCAGCAACGGACUCAUUAAGGCCCACAUGUUUACGCACACCUCUGUUAAACCUUACAGAUGUGACAUAUGCGACAAGACCUUUAAACAGAGCAGCAGCUUGAGCAGUCACAAACGGCUGCACACGGGUGAACGCCCUUACCACUGCGACGUGUGUGGGAAGACAUACAAGCUGAAUCAGCACCUGAAGGAGCACAUCAUUAUCCACCACACGGAGGAGGGGCACCCCUGUGACCAGUGUGGAAAGGUCUUCAAGUUACCACGGCUUCUAAAGGCACAUGAGCGGUUGCACUCAGGAGAGCGAUCUGAGCAGACAAGGAAAUACAGUCACACCAGCCGUCGCAGGAGAAAUUCCUCCAAAAGGAGUUGAUUUUCUGCACAGUGGCUGCCCUCCACACACACAAUGACUGGGAUGCUCUUUUUUUUGUCCUGACAAAUUGCCAUUAGCUGUAAUCAUAUUCCUCAUUUUUUGUUGUAGACAUUAGAUUUUUGACCAUUUCGGACCAUAAUUCAGGAUUCCCUAAAUAGACUGAACACUGAAAAAUGGUAUAAUGUCUGGCUUAAUUAAUGCAGCAACAAACAUGCAUCCUGUUCGAUAACAAUUAAUGAUUGUGUCAUUAAAACAUAUGUUUCUGAUGCAUUUUUUGGGAUAGGUUAUUGAAAUUCCAAUGACAUAAGAUGUGGAUUGAUACAGUGAGGGAAAAAAGUAUUUGAUCCCCUGCUGAUUUUGUACGUUUGCCCACUGACAAAGACAUGAUCAGUCUAUAAUUCUAAUGGUAGGUUUAUUUGAACAGUGAGAGACAGAAUAACAACAACAAAAUCCAGAAAAACGCAUGUCAAAAAUUUUAUAAAUUGAUUUGCAUUUUAAUGAGGGAAAUAAGUAUUUGACCCCUCUGCAAAACAUGACUUAGUACUUGGUGGCAAAACCCUUGUUGGCAAUCACAGAGGUCAGACGUUUCUUGUAGUUGGCCACCAGUUUUGCACACAUCUCAGGAGGGAUUUUGUCCCACUCCUCUUUGCAGAUCUUCUCCAAGUCAUUAAGGUUGAGGCAACUCGAACCUUCAGCUCCCUCCACAGAUUUUCUAUGGGAUUAAGGUCUGGAGACUGGCAAGGCCACUCCAUGACCUUAAUGUGCUUAUUCUUGAGUCACUCCUUUGUUGCCUUGGCUGUGUGUUUUGGGUCAUUGUCAUGCUGGAAUACCCAUCCACGACCCAUUUUCAAGGCCCUGGCUGAGGGAAGGAGGUUCUCACCAAAGAUUUGACGGUACAUGGCCCCGUCCAUCGUCCCUUUGAUGCAGUGAAGUUGUCCUGUCCCAUUAGCAGAAAAACACCCCCAAAGCAUAAUGUUUCCACCUCCAUGUUUGACGGUGGGGAUGGUGUUCUUGGGGUAAUAGGCAGCAUUCCUCAUCCUCCAAACACGGCGAGUUGAGUUGAUGCCAAAGAGCUCGAUUUUGGUAUGAUCUGACCACAACACUUUCACCCAGUUCUCCUCUGAAUCAUUCAGAUGUUCAUUGGCAAACUUCAGACGGGCCUGCAUGUGCUUUCUUGAGCAGGGGGACCUUGCGGGCGCUGCAGGAUUUUAGUCCUUCACGGCAUAGUGUGUUACCAAUUGUUUUCUUGGUGACUAUGGUCCCAGCUGCCUUGAAAUCAUUGACAAGAUCCUCCCGUGUAGUUCUGGGCUGAUUCCUCACCGUUCUCAUGAUCAUUGCAACUCCACAAGGUGAGAUCUUGCAUGGAGCCCCAGGCUGAGGGAGAUUGACAGUUAUUUUGUGUUUCUUCCAUUUGCGAAUAAUCGCACCAACUGUUGUCACCUUCUCACCAAGCUGCUUGGCGAUGGUCUUGUAGCCCAUUCCAGCCUUGUGUAGGUCUACAAUCUUGUCCCUGACAUCCUUGGAGAGCUCUUUGGUCUUGGCCAUAGUGGAGAGUUUGGAAUCUGAUUGAUUGAUUGCUUCUGUGGACAGGUGUCUUUUAUACAGGUAACAAGCUGAGAUUAGGAGCACUCCCUUUAAUAGUGUGCUCCUAAUCUCAGCUCGUUACCUGUAUAAAAGACACCUGGGAGCCAGAAAUCUUUCUGAUUGAGAGGGGGUCAAAUACUUAUUUCCCUCAUUAAAAUGCAAAUCAAUUUAUAACAUUUUUGACAUGCGUUUUUCUGGAUUUUUUGUUGUUAUUCUGUCUCUUACUGUUCAAAUAAACCUACCAUUAAAAUUAUAGACUGAUCAUUUCUUUGUCAGUGGGCAAACGUACAAAAUCAGCAGGGGAUCAAAUACUUUUUUCCCUCACUGUAGCUACUCAAUUAUUUCUUUUUGAGAGUAGUCAAUGAUUGCCGGAAGCCUUUACUAAAAAAUAUGCACAACAUUUUAUGUUGGGUAAAGUAAAAUAAAGUCACAAUUGUGUGCCACUACUCACUUGUUUUGCUUUUUUGGUUGAAAACAUUCACAACAAGGGAAACCAAAUGUAUUCUAAAAUGGUCCUGUGCGUUUACUUUUUAUAAUACAUUUUAAUUGUUAAUCAAGCCACAAAAUAAAGAGUCAUACUCAUCCAAAUAUAUAUACAGAAAAAAUUAUUACAUUCAUUUUUUUUAAACCUAAAAUGUAAUUUCAAGAAAAGAGAGCAGACCCAUUUAAUUGCGGCUCUUAUUCCAGCACGGUAGGUGGCGGUAAUAAUUUUAUGCUGCCUAUCUUGCUUUUAAUAGUCUGCUGUUCUGGCUUUGGUUCCGGUACCAUCUGUCGUUGUCGCAAUUUUUCGUCAGUGCAUGUUGAUGAUAGCUAUCCAUCAUGCUAGUUACCUUUACUGUUAGAUUUCUGCUUAGCGAACAUAUCUGGUAACAUUCCGGCAUGGACAAACGAGUCAAGAAGACUACAGCCAGUACGGGUAGGUUACAUUAUGACACUUGCUACCCAUGUAUUAGCAAUCUAACCAAUUUUACAAAUGUGAACCUGGCAACAGACCCAAGUCACUGCAGUGCGGAGCGCUAGCUAGCGACUUUAUCUUCAAUUGAUAGCUAAGUGUAAAGCUAAUGUCCAUUUUGUCUUGCCUUCUAAAUUAAGUUAGCUAACUAGUUAGUCAUGUUGCUGGAGGUAUAUGUUGCUAAACGACCUAGAGGAUGAAGCCACAACUUAACAUUUGUUCUAUCGUCUUCCUAUAGGACCCCCACUUCCUCUCUCGUCAUUGCGACUGUUGGUUUCUCCCCUGCGGCUGAUGUAUUCAUUUGUAUGGCAUGUGGUGAAUCAACGCAAUGUGAUGCACUAUGGGAAGGUCGAGGAGUUUGUAACUGUGGUGACUGAAGCUGUUCCAAAGUUGAUGAGUUACAAACAGAGGGCUCAACUCAUCCUGGGCCUGAGAGCAAGGGUGAGUGACAUGAUGUGUGGUCAUGGGAGGGGUGGUUUUGACACAUUGUGUAUUAGAAAAAUCAUAUACAAUUUUGUCCCAUUAUUUUAGAUGAUCUUGGAGUUGUUCCGCAAGGACCCACCCAACCCUCAGGACAUCCAACGUCUCCUGGAAAAGAUGAAUAUGUUGGGGGUAAGAAUAUUUAUCUCCUGUGUGUCAGUGUGGAAAUUCCGCCCCAUACCAGCACACAAACUCACAACACACUUGUUCCACAACAUACUAAAGGAUUACUGUCAAUACCAUUGGCGGACGACUACUUAAAAGAGAGUAACAUUUGCACCCUAGUCUGAUUUGAAAAUAGCCUUUAGCUCUGUAGUGUACAGAUCUGAGGGGACUGGAUAAGUGUAAACGACAUCGGAUUCCUUAGAUCUGCAAAUUGCAAACACAGAUGGGGUAAGAGAUAAAAGUUGUUUUCAGGCUGGUCUUAUGACUUCUACAACCGUCACCCAUGCACUCAAUACCCCUCUUUUUAAUAACGUAAUUCUGAUGACCGAAGUGGCUGUACAUUGUAUCAAAUGAUUCUCAAUCUGUGUUACAGCAGCAAGAUGCAGUUGUGGAGGAGUCGCAGGCUAACUUUGUGGCGCUGGUCCAAACCCUGCUGAAAAACCCUUAUGAGAGGAAGCACUUCUUCCAGGUUCGGCAGGCUUUCUCCAUUUCCUCUCACACUGUCCACUUUGUCAUGUCAUAGACACUUACUUUAACUUUUUAUUUCCUUCCCUGUAGGAGGAGUUCCAUGCACAGUAUGGUUCCAAGUAUGACACAGCACUGCAGGCCCUUGUAGGAGGCUUGGUCCUCAGACUGGAACGACUGCUAUCUGUGCCAGAUCUCUCCCAGGUAAUGAACUGGUACACAACAAGUCUAUAACGAACAAUUCACCAAUCAUAUCUAAUGUUGACAUUGUUAGACAAUUAUAUAUACAGUGGGGAGAAUAGGUAUUUGAUACACUGCCGAUUUUGCAGGUUUUCCUACUUACAAAGCAUGUAGAGGUCUGUAAUUUUUAUCAAAGGUACACUUCAACUGUGAGAGACGGAAUCUAAAACAAAAAUCCAGAAAAUCACAUUGUAUGAUUUUUAAGUAAUGAAUUUGCAUUUUAUUGCAUGACAUAAGUAUUUGAUACACCAGAAAAGCAGAACUUAAUAUUUGGUACAGAAACCUUUGUUUGCAAUUACAGAGAUCAUACGUUUCCUGUAGGUCUUGACCAGGUUUGCACACACUGCAGCAGGGAUUUUGGCCCACUCCUCCAUACAGACCUUCUCCAGAUCCUUCAAGUUUCGGGGCUGUCGCUGGGCAAUACGGACUUUCAGCUCCCUCCAAAGAUUUUCUAUUGGUUUCAGGUCUGGAGACUGGCUAGGCCACUCCAGGACCUUGAGAUGCUUCUUACGGAGCCACUCCUUAGUUGCCUUGGCUGUGUGUUUCAGGUCGUUGUCAUGCUGGAACACCCAGCCACGACCCAUCUUCAAUGCUCUUACUGAGGGAAGGAGGUUGUUGGCCAAGAUCUCGCGAUACAUGGCCCCAUCCAUCCUCCCCUCAAUACGGUACAGUCGUCCUGUCCCCUUUGCAGAAAAGCAUCCCCAAAGAAUGUCGUUUCCACCUCCAUGCUUCAUGGUUGGGAUGGUGUUCUUGGGGUUGUACUCAUCCUUCUUCUUCCUCCAAACACUGCGAGUUUAGACCAAAAAGCUAUAUUUUUGUCUCAUCAGACCACAUGACCUUCUCCCAUUCCUCCUCUGGAUCAUCCAGAUGGUCAUUGGCAAACUUCAGACGGGCCUGGGCAUGCGCUGGCUUGAGCAGGGGGACCUUGUGUGCGCUGCAGGAUUUUAAUCCAUGACGGCGUAGUGUGUUACUAAUGGUUAUCUUCGGUUCUGGGCUGAUCCCUCACCUUCCUCAUGAUCAUUGAUGCCCCACGAUGUGAGAUCUUGCAUGGAGCCCCAGACCGAGGAUGAUUGACCGUCAUCUUGAACUGCUAUCAUUUUCUAAUAAUUGCGCUAACAGUUGUUGCCUUCUCACCAAGCUGCUUGCCUAUUGUCCUGUAGCCCAUCCCAGCCUUGUGCAGGUCUACAAUUUUAUCCCUGAUGUCCUUACACAGCUCUCUGGUCUUGGCCAUUGUGGAGAGGUUGGAGUCUGUUUGAUUGAGUGUGUGGACAGGUGUCUUUUAUACAGGUAACGAGUUCAAACAGGUGCAGUUAAUACAGGUAAUGAGUGGAGAACAGGAGGGCUUCUUAAAGAAAAACUAACAGGUCUGUGAGAGCCAGAAUUCUUACUGGUUGGUAGGUGAUCAAAUACUUAUGUCAUGCAAUAAAAUGCAAAUUAAUUACUUAAAAAUCAUACAAUGUGAUUUUCUGGAUUUUGGUUUUAGAUUCCGUCUCUCACAGUUGAAGUGUACCUAUGAUAUAAAUUACAGACCUCUAUAUGCUUUGUAAGUAGGAAAACCUGCAAAAUCGGCAGUCUAUCAAAUACUUGUUCUCCCCACUGUAUGUGUCAACACAUUCCAUAGUAUUGUUUCUGCCACACGCUCUAACAAACCCCCUUGUUGCUGAUCAUAGCUUCUAACUCUCCUUCUCAGAUAGCAUCCAUUAUCAGUGCUGCCCCCUCUGACCUGGAGGAGUGUGGACAGUCUGUGUCUGACCCUGAGCACCUGAAGAUCCUCCUCCAGCACCAGAACCUGCAAAAUAAGAUUCAGUUUGGUAGGGUUACUUUAAUUAUUAUCUCUUAUCCUCCCUGUUAAUAUUAAGUAGAAUUAUCAUCAGCUAAACAAAGAAGAAUGUAGUUUUCCCCAAACUGUCAUGGUUCACUCUAUUGAUAACUUUGUACCAGCUGUUUUUACAGGAAUGUAAAAUAGUUUUUCAAUGGUAUUAAUGUAAACAUGCUCAUUCCUUGGCUUUCUGUAUUCGUCCCUUUUUCUCAUUUUAUGAUUUUUUAAAACAGGAAUGUAAAUAAAAAGCCUAGUCUUUUUAAUUCGCAGAAUAUUCUUAAAUGUAAUGUACUUAAAUGUUUUAUAUAUUUUAUUCUUUCUCAGUACCUGUCACGUCUUCUGUGGGUGACUGCGUGCUGUCCUCGCUGUCCUUCCGCCUCGCCUGUGGAAUGCCAUCAAUGGAGCCAGAUUUUGACAAGCCACCAGAAUCAUUAGAAGCUGCUCUAAGCGCCAUGAACCCUGCCUCCUUCAGUGACUUGGAGGAUCUGGGAUUGAUGUCAGAUGACUCGCCCCAUGCUGGAGAAGAUAGUACUGUGGAGAGAGAAGAGGAUGCCAGGGGUAACGGAGGUGGGGCGAGAACUGCAGUACGUGACAGUGAAGAAGAGACUGCACUGCCAGAGAGCGCUGUGGUCUUCUCUAGUCCUCAAGGUGUUAGCGGACUGGUGGGAGGGGCACCAUCAAAAGGGGCACCAACAGUAAGGAGUAUGCUGCAAACAAUGAGACAGCAACAGCUUGUAUCACUGAUGAAUACUUCCAUCACCGAAGACUCUCCUUCACAGAUAGUCAUCCCUGCCACGGAUAACCAGCCAGUCGAGCUAACGAGUGUCGACCAGUGGGUCUCCCAUAUUGGAAGUUACACUUUAUCGCUCCAUUCCUUGCCACCCCUUUCACAAAACGAUAAUUUGGACAAGGAGAUGGAGUCGGCCGACACAGGUCUUGGAAGCAGUGUGGUGAUCGGGGGUCAGGAAACAGAGGUCGAUCUCUUUGAGAGAUCCAUUAUCCAAAGGAAGAGGGUGCAAAAGCCACUACGAGUAGCGUGCUCGAAAAAGAGAAACCCUGCAACCAACUCCUGCCAAGAGUGUGGGAAGCGUUUUCUGUCUCGGGGACGGCUGGAGGAUCACCUCCGCAUGCACACCGGAGAGAAACCUUUCAAGUGCACCGAUUGUAGCAGGUUCUUCAGGACAUUGGCACUCCUGACCAACCAUACGAAAAUUCACUCUGACGUGCGGCCCUUUAGCUGCGACGAGUGCGGCAAGUGCUUUCGGAGAAAGGUUGGCCUUCAGAAUCACCAUCGCGUCCACACGGAUGCGAGACCAUACAAAUGCACCAUCUGUGGAAAGGGUUUCACCCAAUCACAGUACUGCAAAAGACACAUGGAUUGUCAUACAAGUGAGAAUACCUAUUUCUGCACUCAUUGUCCAAAGAGUUUCCCAACCCAAUUCCAGCUGUCUGCCCACCAGCGCUGGCACACCAUGGACCGCCCGUACGCCUGUGAGCAGUGUGGGUUGCGCUUCUUUAUGCCAAGCUUGUUAAAGAGGCACAUGGGCUAUCACAUCGGGAACCGCCAGUUCCUGUGUGCCCAGUGCGGAAGAACCUUUGUCUAUGAGUUCGACCUAAAGAGACACCAAAAAGACCAUGACCCCAGUCCCAAACUCCCCUGCCCCGUCUGCCAGAAGAUGUUUGGCAACAACAGCCUACUCCAGGCCCACAUACGCAGGCACUCUUCAGAGAAACCUUACAGAUGCGACAUAUGCGACAAGACCUUUAAAGACAGCGGGGGCCUGCGCAUACACAAGCGGGGGCUGCACUCGAACGAACGCCCUUACAGCUGCGAUGAGUGUGGAAAGACUUACAAACUACACACGCACCUGAGGGAGCACAAGUUUAAACACACAGGGGAGGGCCACACCUGUGGCCAGUGUGGAAAAGCCUUCAGGUACCUGCGUCUCCUGAAGGCGCACGAGCGGUUGCACUCCGAGCCAUCUGAGCUCACACGGAGAAACAGUCACACCAGCCGUCGAAGGAGACAUUCUUCCAAAAGGAGUUUCCCGAGUGGCGCAGUGGUCUAAGGCACUGCAUUGCAGUGCUAGCUGUGCCACUAGAGAUCCUGGUUCGAAUCCAGGCUCUGUCGUAGCCAGCCGCGACCGGGAGACCCAUGCGACGGCGCACAAUUGGCCCAGCGUCGUCCAGGGUAGGGGAGGGAAUGGCCGGCAGGGAUGUAGCUCAGUUGGUAGGGCAUGGCGUUUGCAACACCAGGGUUGUGGGUUCGAUUCCCACGGGGGGCCAGUAUGAAAAAAUAUAUAUAUUUUAAAAAAUAAUGAAUGCACUCACUAACUGUAAGUCGCUCUGGAUAAGAGCGUCUGCUAAAUGACUAAAAUGUAAAUGAGUUGAUUUUUUUCACAUCAAUAUACAACAGUAUUAAACUUUGUCACAAUUCCUUGUCAUUAGCUGUACGGUCAUGAUGUCGAGCAGCCCAGCCUCCAAUUGUAUGCAAGGGUUCCUCUGUGUUAUCUUAGGAAUGCUGCAUUAUCUCCCCAUCCCCCAUUCUGUCACAUCUCUGUGGUGCAGAGGUGCGACGUGAUGGGGAGAUGAUUGACCUGAACAGAGAAGAGGGGCUCUGCUGUUCAGGACUGCUGCUCACUGAGUUUAGCUUCCUCCCUCUAUGGUCCUCCCCCACUGAACAGACAUACUGGGACUCUACAGGCCCUUACUACAUGAUACACAGCAUAUCCAGUAUAGAAGGCUUUCCCAACUGGCGGGCCAAAUUUGGUUUUAUUUGGCCCUUCAAGUGUUCUAAAAAUACGUGUUUUUUUUGUUUAGUUUUCAUUGUUGGACAUAAGACUGUAAAAAUACCAGGAAGUCAGCUCCAAGGGAUUUUAAUUUUGGAAAUCUGUUCCCAAGUAUUCCCUCACAUAAUAGAGACGUGAUCGUAUACAAAUAAUAAUUACGAGUAAUUGAUUGGAUUUAUAUAGCACUUUUCUACCAACUGAGGUACUCAAAGCUUUACAUAGUAGGGGGAAAUUCACCUCAUCCACCAUCAAUGUGUACCACCCACCUCAGUGAUGCAUGGUGACCAUUUUUGUGGCAGAACUCUCACCACAUCAGGUGGAGAGGUGAGGAGUGAUAUAUGCCAAGUAGGAAUGAAGGGGAUGAUUAGGUGGCCAUGAUGGAAUGUGGCCAGGUUGGAAAUGUAGCCAUGACACCGGGGUGAACACCCCUACUCUUACAAUAAAUGCCAUGGGAUUUUGAAUGAACACAGUCAGGACAACCGUUUUAAUGUCCCAUCCGAAAGACGUCACCCUACUACGCAGGACAAUGUUCCCAAAUGUAAUCAAGGUUUGAAAUGAUUGUUUUAGUCAAAUAUAUCUGUUUAGACUUCUUGCGGUAAAUUUGCAGUUCUAGUUGAUGAUCCCUGCAGUAAGGGUCUGA